UGACGAUUGGGCGUUUUGCAGGAAUAGGAGAUCAGAUUCUCCCUGGGCCUCAGCCCCCGGAUCCAGCGACAUUCUGAACCAGCUAAAAUCGGCAGUGGCCUCCGGACUGAAGCAAAAGUUCGUCCAACUGGCCAAAGGCUCUGCUGGGGCCGCAGCUGGCGCCUCUGCAGGAUUCAGCAAAGGCAGCUUCAGCGGACAUGACACUGUGGCCCAUUCCUAUCACGAAGUGGACGAGCACAAGGGCCUGGACUCGUGGGAUAUGAAGAAAUCGCUGCUGAACACCCUGCUGCAAGCAGUCAAGGCGAUUAAAGGUGGGGUUUUAGCCAUAAAGGGCCAGUUAAUAAAGGGCAGUGGUUAUGUGGUGGCUGGAGGUGGCAAACUGCUAGCGGCAUCAGGAGACAAAGUCACCAAACUGGGAACAAACAUUUUAACUAACGCGGUUUCGGCACACCCUAGCAAAGACGAACACUCACAUCCCGAUUACGGGACGCAUUCAAGCGGGUUUACAGCCCCGAGUGGGCCCCCCGUUUCGUAUGACGGUCCGCCAUCUUCAGGGCAUGGCUACGAGAGCCACUACGAGAGUCCUUCGCAUGGCCAUUAUCAUGGUAAGUAUUUUUUAAUGCUCCUUUUCCCAAUCAGACUUAAAAACUGUGUAGAAAUUUACUGUUAAAAUUGGGUGGUUGCGAUGCUAAAGUUCGCAGUUUUGAUGGGCGAUCAGCGCACAGAAAUCAUCUUAUGCAAGGACUUUCUUUUGGUGAUUCGUGGGUGGAAAGUCGGGGCAUUAUAUUGCAUAAACAGCGGCAGUUUUGCAAUGAGUUGGUCGAUAAGGUUUUUUUGGCAAACUUUGUGCAACGAUUUUCUGCCUGAAAGUAGGCUUUUCAUUCCCUAAUUAGGAAACAGUCAUUGUUAGAAGUCAUUGCUUAUUAUUCUUUGAUCCACUAUUAACCCAACUGAUUACUUACGUUUUGUUAAAAAUUUCGUUAAUUAGUCACGUCGGUUAACCAGAAGGAAUACUUCCGUUCUAGAUGCUUAUGUGAUUCAUUAGUCACUUAUAUUAUUAAUAAGAGCGCAUGUAAGAUAUGGCCGAGAAAUUACUUAUUUAAGCUGUAGAAUUUUAAGAUUGCAAAUCAAUCGGAUUGAGUGGCGAAAAAAUGCCAAGAGAAAGGAGCUGCUGAUAGACAUCUGGACAUUCUCUUUGAUUCUACCCGGAAGAGAAUCAGGGGGAAUAAAGUGGAUUUUUGGCGCAAAAAAUCUCAAUCGAGGUUCAGUAAAAAUGUGCAUAAACUUUUUGUAUUUGGUCCAAAACCGUUUAUUGCAAACACCCACUUUAAAGCUACAAAUAACAUUCUUUUUCUUCUAGUGUAUAAAGCCUGAUUAAAUGGGAAAAUAUCAAUUAACCCAUUUGGGCCCAAAUCAAAAAGGUUUAAAACAACAACACAAAAAAAUAUUAUUUGGACAUGUGAGAAAAAUUAGCGUGUUUCUCGAUUAGUCAAUUGAACGUGGAAUAAGGAGCGAAUGAGCCCCAAUUUAAUUUUAUUGGAUAAUGAGUGGAACAAAGCAAAGCGAUUGUUAAGUAACCAGUGGGACCGAAGUGGAUAGGAUUAUUUUGUUGCGUAACUUUUGCCAAAUUUUCUCAAUUAUCGUAAUGCAGCUUUGAUUUGUUCUUGAUAAAUUCAUCUGACUGUUUCUAGAACCCGUUUUUAAUUAAGCGAUUUUGAUGUUUUCCCAACUUUCAACCUUAAAUUUAUCUUAAUAAUUCGUAUUAGCACCUUUAAGUAACAUUGA